AUUGUAGUCCGUCUGCCUACUUCCCGUUAAGUGUCUGCGGAAAAAGCGAGUAAGCGACAAGUUUCUUAGCUCCCACGAACGUUUUUGUGUUGUAUUUUAAACAAGAGGUUGACGAUUCAGCAGUUGUCUACAUACAAGAAUGUCCCUGUAUGAGCCCAACAAUGCCUUGCCACCGCCCGUGUCCGCAGUGGCCUGGAGCUCCAGCAGCAGUACCUGUCCCAAGGACUUCACCCUGAUCAACUUGACCCUCGAUGGGGCUACGGCCAACUUUGUGCGUGGCUUUGGGAUGAAGUCUGGCUACUACCUCUGCUACAGCACGAAUGCCGCGGGGGGAAUGGUGGUGUCGGAUAUCCAGGUGAUCUCUGAUAAGGAGCCGAUUCCUCACGGGUACUGCUUCAUACCUGAGUACCUGGACUCCAAGGCCUCCGUGUGGAAGAAGAAGCGCGUGUGUGUGCGCAUCGUCCCCCUGGGCAGUGUGGACACGGCGGUGCUGGACAUCAAGCUGACCGCCAAGAACAAAGUGGUGCUGCAGCACUACACCUGCCUGGGGGACAUACACGGUUAUGUUCUGUGGUGUAAGAAGGGUCACUUCUCCAGUCCCGCGCCUCAAGCCAAACCCCGCAGCGUCAGCCUGGAGCUUCGCAAGCUGUCCCUGGACCAGCCAGCCCCUCCCCCACUGCCCCUCCGGCCGAGCAAUGCCCCUCCACCCACUCCAGUGGGGAAGCUGAGCCGUCGUCGUAGUAACCUUGAGGCCAAAGACUCCGCUGAGGGUGUCUAUGACAGCAGCAACAUCUAUGGAAUUUCAGCCAUGGACGGGGUGCCGUUCACCCUGCACCCCCGCUUCGAGGCCACGCCCGCGCGAGCGGUCUCUCUGAACGCCCUCGGCAACAUCCGUAUCAAAUCUGUGCAGGACAUUGAGAACGAGUACAACUACACCUUUGCUGUGGAAGAAUCGGCCGCCAACCCAACCCGACCACGGACCGCGCUCGCCUCCUUCAACUACUAGGCAGCACGGAGUACCCCUCUCUCUACCUCCUGCACGACUUUUACAGCGCCCCAGGACGCAUAUCCCACGUGCCUGUCGGCACAGACACUCCUGCGUAACCGUAGCACACUGACUGACACCCAGCCUACCAGAACGCCCUUACAUUUCAUAGAAGGCCUUUAUUUCAAUCAUUUCUUUGCGUGACAUUUAACAGGUUUUAAAAGUUCUGGACCAAAGUUAGGGGCAAACUUCUGCCUUGUUUGUAUAUAGAUAUAUAGUGCCUUGCCUCUCUAUGGUACAUUUCCUCUCAGUAAACGAACGAAUAUACAUUCCUUUCUUAGAUCUGAAUGUUUUUUGUAAAUGUAAAAAUAAUAAAGACUAAACCUCUGUA